UCUGACAGGAACGGAGCAAUGUCGUCGAUUUCUCAUCUUUUAAUCCUUUUCUUCGUCGUCUUCUUCUUCUCUCCUCUCACCGUCGCAGUCGCCGAUCAAAGCAAUGCCAAUAAUCUGAAACAAGAAAGCGAUGCCAAUAAUGAAGAACAAGAAUUCGUGAGGCUGGAUCUGAUACACCGCCACCAUCCGGAAGUGGUUAAGAGGCUUCAUGAUGAAAUUAAGGUGGAUAAGAUGGAGGAUCGCAUCAAGGAUAUUCGCUAUCACGAUCAAUCUCGCCUCCGAGCCAUCUCCGCCCACCUGAAUUGGACCAAAGUUGUGGAGAAUGCGGAGGAGAAGGUGAAGGAGGCGUCGGGUUCGAAUCAUCCUCCACAUUCGCAGACGCCAAUAGCAUUGAAAACAUACCCCGGCGCUGAUUUCGGUAGCAGUGAGUUUUUCGUGCAAUUGAAAGUGGGAACGCCGCCGCAGAAGUUCACGAUGAUUGCAGAUACCGGAAGUGACCUAUUGUGGACGAGAUGCAGAUACCGGCGGUGCAGGGGAGAUUGCAGCAACCCCUCUCCGAUCCAUAAAAUGCGUAACAAAAUGAGAGAGAGAUUCAAUUACGCGCUUUAUGCGAAUCAGUCAUCUUCUUUCUCCCCAAUUCCUUGUUCCUCCAAGCAGUGUAUCCAGGAUUUCUCUGAGCUCGGCGGCCAACCCGAUUGUCCAACCCCCAACACCCCUUGUUCCUAUACCUACAGCUACUUAAGUGGGGACCGCGCGAUGGGAAUAUUCGCAACCGAGACGGUAACAGUAAGACUAACAAACGGAAAAGAAAAGCAACUGAAGGACAUUCUAUACGGCUGCACCGAAGAAAUGACUGACAGCCAGUUCUUGGACGGAGCCGAUGGCCUCAUUGGCUUAGGCUCUAGCAUCUACUCCUUCGUCUACAAAGCCGCCGAAAACAACGUCGGCGGCGGCUUCUCCUACUGCCUCGCCGACCACCUCCGCAAUAUAACCGCCAUUAGCUACUUCGUCUUCGGCACCCCCUCCCCCAAGACCUUCUCCGCCUCCACAUCCUCUCCCAUCGGCCCCCCCGCCACCACUAAACUCUUCACCGGCGGCCGAUACAGCUGCUACUACGGCGUCCAACUGUCCGGAAUCUCCGUCGACGGACAGAUCCUGAACAUCCCCCCUCACGUUUGGAACAUCAAGUCCGGUUGCGGCACCAUCUUGGACACGGGCACCAGCCUGACGAUGCUGACGGCGCCGGCUCACGAUGCGGUGAUAGAAGCGAUGGCUCCCAAGAUCGAAAAAUUCGGAAGAAUGGAAAAGGAUGUAAAGGGUGAAAGGGAGAAGAACUUCAAACUUUGCUUCAAUGACACUGAGUGGAAUUUUGGUAUGUUGCCGAAGCUUGGAUUCCAUUUCGAAGACGGGGCGGUGUUCGAACCGCCGGAUAGGAGCUACAUCGUUUCGGCGUCAUACCAAUGUAGCUGUAUUGCGAUAACUUCUCUGCCCUUUCCGUCAAUCAAUAUCUUAGGGAAUAUUAUUCAGCAGACUUUCAUUUGGAAAUAUGAUUUACUCAAGGGAUCCGUCACUUUUGCUCCCUCCGAUUGCGCCUAGACCUUCUCCAUUUUCUUUCAUUUAUUACUUCCUUCUUAUUAAUUAUACUCAUAUAAUGUAACAUUAUUCUUUUUUUUUUUUUUUUAAUUUAUUUUUCUAAAUG